CCGGUUGUUGCACACCAGGUAUCAACCCGAGAUCUACGAUUCUAACCCGCGCGGUGGAGUUGUUCGAUGUUUUUAUGGGCGAUGAGCAGGGCCACGUGGCGUCAUCCCCGCCGUUCUUUUGCGGGUCCCCGCCGAGCCGCGCGUCCAACCCGCUGGUCCACGACCCCCGGUUCGGCGAGCUCGAGCCGCCGGCUCACCACCUACCGGCCCAGACCGGUUCGAAAAGCCGGUCGGGCUGCGGCGCCCGGGUCAAGUCCGGGUUCGAGCCGGCCGUGGUUCGGGUCGAGGGUUUUGACUGCCUCGAUCGCCGCGCCGACGCGCGCGGCCGCGGCCACGGCCCCGGGAUCGCCGCAGUGGCGUAGCACAGCCCCCCCGCCACGUGUACAUAAAGAUUCGUGCUCUCAAGUGCUCGUUAUUUCUCGUUUUUGGGAGCAUGUUGAGAGAGAGAGAGAGAGAGAGAGAGAGAGUUAAAAAAAAAAAAGAUUAUUAACGUUGAGGAGUUUACUAUUUUACUAUUAUUAUUUCUACGUUAUUAGGUUCUAAUUAAGUAACAACCCCUUUUAAUUUAAUCUAUUUUACUUUAAAUGUAAAAAUUUAUUUUAAAUUAUUAUUGUAGAUAUAUUUUUCUAUUUUAUGAAGUGGGAGCGCGAGAGAAAGAGGGUCUUUUUGCAAUUUAGUCCUUUUGUAUGGGGAGGGAAGGGCCUUUAAUGUAUGAGGUGUCUUUUUGAAGGGUGUUUUAGGGAGUUGGGUUUGUUUGUUUUUAAGUCACAAUGAGAAGAAGAUGUAUAUAUGGCUUAAAUCUUAGUAAAUCAAUGCUGGGUUUGUAUUUGCCCAUUUUGAGUUUUUGGAAA